GGCCACUGUGCCCAUGCUAACCUUCUGCACAGAAAUGGAUUAAUUAGUUGUUUUUUUUUGCAAAAUGCCCCGUGUCUUAUUGAGAGAACAAUGAGAUCUCUCCUGAAGAUGUUUCCACAAUCAGGGAAAUCGAUUGUCUUUGACAACUUUCCGGAUCCGAGCGACACCUGGGAAAUCAUCGAGACAAUCGGGAAAGGGACGUACGGGAAAGUCUACAAAGUGCUCAACAAAAUCGAUGGGAGCAAAGCAGCUGUGAAGAUCCUGGAUCCCAUCCAUGACAUCGACGAGGAGAUCGAAGCAGAAUACAACAUCCUCAAAGCUCUAUCCGACCACUCCAAUGUCGUCAAGUUUUACGGGAUGUUCUACAAGAAGGACGUGAAAUGUGGCGACCAGCUGUGGCUCGUACUGGAGCUCUGCAAUGGCGGCUCCGUGACGGAUCUGGCCAAAGGCAUGCUGAAGAGAGGCGACCGCAUGGAGGAAGCCAUUAUUGCGUACAUCUUGCACGAGGCCCUCAUGGGGCUCCAGCACCUGCACGUCAACAAGACCAUCCACCGGGAUGUCAAAGGCAAUAACAUCCUAUUGACGACGCAGGGAGGGGUCAAACUCGUGGAUUUUGGUGUUUCGGCGCAGCUGACGAACACCCGUCUGAGGAGGAACACCUCUGUGGGGACUCCGUUCUGGAUGGCUCCCGAGGUGAUCGCCUGUGAGCAGCAGCUGGACUCCACCUACGAUGCCCGCUGCGACGUCUGGUCGCUCGGCAUCACCGCCAUCGAGCUGGGAGAUGGAGACCCGCCCCUCUCUGACCUCCAUCCAAUGAGAGCUCUCUUUAAAAUACCCAGAAACCCUCCGCCUACUCUCCACCAGCCCGAGCUCUGGUCAGACGACUUUAAUGACUUCAUCUGCAAAUGUCUGAUUAAGGACUUUGAGCUGAGACCGAAUGUACUAGACCUGCUCCAGCAUGUGUUCAUCAAGCAGACGGUCGGCAGAGAGAGAAUCCUGCAGAAACAACUGAUUGAGCUCAUUGAUCUCAAUCAGCAGAUGGGAGUGAUUGAAAAAACAAGCCAUCAUGGAAAGACAGACAGGAGCUCAGACAGUAAUGACAGGCAUGAACGUAUCCACACCAAAAAAGGAAGCAACAUGAAGUCCCAGAGCGAUCCAGACGAGGUGGACGACCUCGCCACCCUUGAAGUUCUAGAUGAGAACACCGUCACAGAACAUCUUCAGAGCCGCUACGCCAGAGAUCAGAUCUACACGUACGUGGGAGACAUCCUCAUUGCAGUCAAUCCUUUCCAUAAGAUGGAGAUUUACACGCCUGAGUACAAUAAGAUCUACAUUGGAGCGAAGCGCACGGCCAACCAGCCGCACAUCUUCGCCGUGGCCGACAUCGCCUACCAGUCCAUGGUGUCGUACAACACCGAUCAGUGUGUGGUCAUCAGCGGGGAAAGUGGAGCCGGGAAGACGGAGAGCGCUCAUCUGUUGGUGCAGCAGCUGACCGUUCUCGGGAAGGCCAAUAAUCGGACCCUCCAGGAGAAGAUCCUGCUGGUCAACAGCCUGGUGGAGGCGUUCGGAAACGCCUGCACCGUCAUCAACGACAACUCCAGCCGCUUUGGGAAGUACCUGGAGAUGAAGUUCACCUGCGGAGGGACGGUGGUCGGGGCGCAGAUAUCCGAGUACCUGCUGGAGAAGUCGAGAGUCAUCCACCAAGCCAUAGGAGAGAGGAACUUCCACAUCUUCUACUACAUUUACGCGGGUUUGGCCGACAGGAAGAAACUCGCCCACUACAAGCUCUCCGACAGCAAAACACCUAAGUAUCUGUGUAACGAACACAUAAAAUUAGGGCCUGACAUCGUGAGCAACCCGUUCUACAAGGAGCAGUUCGAUGCGGUGGAGCAGUGUUUCAAAGUCAUCGGGUUCACCCUGGAGGAGCUGGGCAGCGUUUACAGCACUCUGGCCGCCAUCCUGAACUCCGGAGACAUCGAGUUCUCUCCAGUCGCCUCCGAGCACCAGACGGACAAAAGCAACAUCUCCAACGCUUCUGUCCUGGAGAACGUGGCGUCGCUGCUGUGCAUCCGGUCAGACGAGCUGCACGAGGCGCUCACCUCGCACUGCGUGGUGGCCCGGGGCGAGACCAUCGUCAGGCCCAACACGGUGGAGAAGGCGGUGGAGGUGAGGGACGCCAUGGGCAAAGCGCUGUACGGCCGCCUCUUCAGCUGGAUCGUCAACCGCAUCAACGCGCUGCUGCGACCUGACAGCCACCUCGGGGAGGACGAUAAAGGCCUGAACAUCGGCAUCCUGGACAUCUUCGGCUUUGAGAACUUCAAGAAGAACUCCUUCGAGCAGCUCUGCAUCAACAUCGCCAACGAGCAGAUCCAGUUUUACUUCAACCAGCACAUAUUCGCCUGGGAGCAGGACGAGUACCUGAACGAAGAGGUGGACGCUCGAAUGAUUGAGUACGAGGACAACCGGCCGCUGCUGGACCUCUUCCUGCAGAAGCCCAUGGGGAUGCUGUCGCUCCUGGAUGAGGAGAGCCGCUUCCCGCAGGCCACAGACCAGACUCUCGUCGAGAAAUUCGAAGAUAAUCUGAAGACGAAAAGCUUCUGGAGGCCGAAGAGGGUUGACCUGGGCUUUGGGAUUCAUCACUACGCUGGAAAAGUGAUUUACAACGCUGCAGGAUUCUUGGCCAAGAACAGAGAAACGCUGCCGCCGGAUAUCGUCCUGCUGCUGCGGUCGUCCGAGAACGAACUCAUCCGAAAACUCGUCACCCAUCCGCUCACCAAAACAGGCAACCUUGCCCACACCAAGGGUAAAGGCGUAAACACAAUGCGGAGCCCGCGGACGCCGACACGCACCAUCACCUUCGCCAAGAUGGGAAUGCUAACCUUGUACAGUUAUUUUUCUUUUAGUGAGCUUUCUCCAGAGAAAAAAUACGUGGUCGAUGUGCCUCUCGAUGACACAGUACAAAUACAAACGCCGGGUGAUUCUUCGGAAACCCCCGCUCACCCGAGAGAAACCACAAACAUGAGAACACAGACCGUGGCCUCCUACUUCAGAUACUCCCUGAUGGACCUUCUGUCCAAGAUGGUGGCCGGGCAGCCUCACUUUGUGCGCUGCAUCAAGCCCAACAACGACCGCCAGGCCAACAAGUUCGACCGGGAGAAGGUUCUGGUCCAGCUGCGAUACACCGGCGUCCUGGAGACGGCCAAGAUCCGACGGCAGGGCUACUCACACCGCAUCCUCUUCGCUAACUUUAUAAAGAGGUACUACAUCCUGGCUUUCCACGCCCACGAGGAGCCGGCCGUGACGCCCGAGACGUGUGCUGCAAUACUGGAGAAGACCAAGCUGGAGAACUGGGCCAUGGGGAAGACCAAGGUCUUCCUGAAGUACUACCACGUGGAGCAUCUGAACCUGAUGGUGCAGCAGGCCACGCAGCGGAUCGUCCUGCUCCAGGCCUGCGUCCGGGGCUGGCUGGGCGCCAAGCGCUACCGGCGGCUCCUGAAGGAGCGGGAGCAGAGCGCCCUGGUGCUGCAGUCAGCUUACAGAGGUCAUAAAGUCCGGAAACGGGCCGCUGAUGACAAAAGCAAAGCCAAGCUGGAGGCCUUCAUCAUCCGGUUCCAGGCUGUUUGCAGACGAUAUCUCGCGAAAAAGAAGUACCAGGAGCUCGUGGAUGAGAAGAACAAAGCAGCCACCAAGAUUCAAGCUCGCUACAGAGGGCACAAAGAGAGGAAGAGUUUCCAGAGGAAACGGGAAGCCAGAGAGAAACAGAAAGCCGAACAGGCUCUGAAAGAGACGGAGGGAGCAGCAGCAGAGGCAGACAAAAACACCACCGAAGAAGAAAGUACCCCUUCUCCAGAAGGCAACGGGAAGACCGAGGAAGAAGAGGAAACUAAAGCUGCCGUUGUUCUUCAGAGCAACUUCAGAGGAUACAAAGAGAGGAAGAAGUUUAAGGAGCGGAAAAAGACGAUGGCUGGAGCUGAGCUGGAGAUACCGAACGAAGCGGUGGAAGAAAGCCAGGAAGCAGGAGGCAAAGGAGAGAACGAUGAAGACGAGAGCACCUAUGAAGCAGAGGAGAACGACGACAGCGAUCACACUCAGGUGCCAGAAGACGAGGAGCAUACGGAAGUGGCAGAUGAGCCUGUGAUCGGAGACGCAGAUCCUGGAAACGAAGAGGACAAGAAGGAGGAAGUGAACCUGGAAGAGGAAACCAAGGCAGCCACCGUCCUCCAGAGUAACUUCAGGGGUCACAAAGAAAGGAAGAGACUGCAGGAGGAAGGGAAGAUCCCAGCAAGGAAACAGGAAGUGAAGAGUUCCACAAGUGAAGACGCUGAAAGAGAAGAGUCGACAGCAGCUCAGGCCGAACCGGAGCAGGCGAAGUCAGACGAUCCAGACGAGACCAAAGCAGCGGUGGUGCUGCAGAGCAACUUCCGCGGCCACAAGGAGCGAAAACGGCUGGAAGAGGAGGGCAAAAUCCCCCGGAAGAGGAAGACCGAGCCAGACGGACCGCCACAACCUCCCAAAGAGGAGCAGGAAGCGUCGGCGGCAGAAUCCCAGCAGGACGGUUCUGCCGAGACCUCCGGGGGUCUGGAGGAGGAAAAGGCAGCGACUGUCCUUCAGAGCAACUUCAGAGGCCACCGAGACCGAAAGAAGCUGAAGGCGGAGCGAGAAGCCCAGAGGAGAGCUGAGGAGUCCAGCGAGGUUCCCCUGGAGUCGGAAGAGAAACAGGGCGAGGCGGCAGAGCAGGAGGAGGCGCUGGACGUCAAUGACGUUCUGAUCGAGCGCAGAGAGGAGACGGACGAGGAGAAGGAGCGGCAGGAGGAGGAGCAGGCCGCGGUGAAGAUCCAGAGUAACUUCAGGGGCUACAAGGACCGAAAGCAGCUGAAGGCCAACAAGCAAACGGCUCAGCACGAAGCCAGGAGGGUGGAGAGCUUCUCCAAGGAGAUUGCCAAGACUUCUCAGGAGUUUCUGGCCCUGCAGAGGAAGUUGAACGAGAUAAUCCAGGCCCAUCAAUCAAACCCGGAGAGCAACGGCAUGUUCGUGAGAGGAAAAGCAAUCAAUGGCUACGCUCCCCAGCGUCGCCAAUCAAUGGAUCAGAGGUCGUCCAGGACGCCCCGCAGGACUCAGCAGCCAAAGACCCUGAACACCCCGGAGGACUCCACCUACUACACCCUCAUCCAUCGGUCCGUCCAGGAUGACAAACGGAAACCCAGGAAGGAGGGUCCCGGGAAGCUGCUGGACGUAGACGACCAGUACUACGGCACGCUGCCCACCAGCCGGUCCGAGCCCUCCAUCCCCACCGAGUCGGCCUCGUGCAGCGGCGGCGGCGCGCCCGAGAGGCGGCGCUCCGUGGGCCGGAGGCAGUCCACGGGCAGGAGGCGGUCGGCGGGCCGCCGGCGCUCCACGGACAGGCAGCAUCCGGCCGAGCACAGAGCCGCUUCCAGCAGAACGACCAGGGAGAGAGCCGUCUCCGAGCCGGAGCCGCCCUCACCUGCCAAAGACAGCAGGCGUUCGCUCCCCAGGAUGUCGUCCACGGACAGCCGGGCCGAGGACAACCCGUACGACUACAGACACCUGCUGAGGAAGACGUCCCAGAGAAGACGACUCAUCAAGCAGUACUGAGCGCCUGGAGGAGCCUCGGCUCCGUCAGACUGACGCUCUUGAAGUGGCAUAUCGCAUCGUUGUGCUUUAUUCCAACACAAAGACGAAGCGUUUGAUUCUCUACAGUUCGGAGAUGAACUCUGCUGCUAUAUUUUUCUUUGAAUCGCUGCUGGGCUAAUUUUGUUGAAUGCAGGCUAGAGAGUGAAUGUAAAUGUAAAUAAUUAACUUAUUGAAGCCUAAAUUAUUCUAUGAAUUCAGGUUUGUUUAAGCGAUCUGUAAUCUAGCUCUUGAUAUUUUGGCAUUUUCUCUUUUUAAUGACCCAUAAAAAUUGCUAUUAAACUUGAAUACUUUGGAUUUCAAGAAUGCAUCUUUGGAAAAUCUGCUUUGGCACUGAAAUGUUGUAAGAAAUGUGCUUUAUUUUCUCUGCUGUCAUUUUUGGUUUGUUCAUUUAAACAUAAAAUUCUUUAAAUUUCCUCCUCGCUUUACAUUCUUUCCUUUCAACUGCUCUCA